AUGCCUCCAAAAUCCGCUGCCAACGGCGACAACAAGGCAGGAAAGACGUACAGCGCUGAUGUCGUCGCCGCGGUUCUAUACGCCAGUGGUACCACGUCGCUUACCAUGAAACACUACGAGUUGAUGUCCUCUCUCGACGGCGUCAAGACUGCUAGUGCCUUCCAACAUGACUUUCGUGCCGUCAUCGCAAAGGCCAAGGAGCUGAAGACUCGUACCGAAAGCGGUGAGGUCUUCGAGCCUGUCCAGCCAACGACCAAGCGUGCCUACUCUCACCUGCUUCACCCUUCCAGGCAGCCACAAAGUCUUCUUAUCAAGCGGCCCACCCUCUUUCUUGACACUUCGUUCCACUUUGCUCUUUUGCAUCUUCCUUUCUCUUCUCUACCACACACACCCUCUUCACAAAACAACGAGAUGGCCAAAGCCGCCGACUCCACUGCUGGAGGCCAGAAGAUGGUCUCGGCGGACUGCGUCGCUGUCUUGUUGAUGGCAAUGGGUCGUACUAGUAUCUCCAAAGAGCAGCUCGACAUGAUGUCGGCUCUCGAUGGUACUCGUUCAUCCAGUAGCUUCGAACACCAAUUUCGCUCCAUCAUCGCCAAGGCUAAAGAGCUCAAGAAGCGUGUCGAGGGCGGCGAAACAUUUGCUCCUGUCACUGGCCUGAAGCGAGGAGGCACCACACCCGCCACACCUAAGAAGCGCAAGGGCGAUGAUGCCGACGAGACGCCCACCAAGAAGCAGAAAGCUACUCCCAAGCCGCGUGGAAAGAAGGCUCAGUCUCAGCCCAUCACUGCUCCGACUCCGCAGACUGCCGAAGAUGCCGUCGACGAUGAUCUGCCCGCUGACAUGGACGAGUUCAUCAAAAGCGAGUUGAAGUGGGAGAGGGACUAUGUUUAA